UGUCCGCGACCUGCGCGCCCCCUCCACCCCUCGCCCGCGACCUUUCUCCCGCCGGCGGCAGCCGGGCGUCCGGGGAGGAGCCUCCGCCGCCGGCCUGAAGACCUCUGGUCCCGGGGGACAAGCCCCGCCCGGACCGGCGCGUCCCCCGCGCACCUGCCCUCGCGGCCGUGGCCGGCGCAGUGCUGCGCACCCUCCGUCUCACGGCAGCUCUUCAGAACAGCUGUAAUUAGUCCAUUUCAGGAGAACCUGAGGCUGAGACGUUAAGUGCUUGACCGAAGCGACAGGACCAGGAAAUGACAAAGCCCAGAACUGGGGUUUGAUCCGCCUCCUCUCACCUCUAACUACAGGCAGCCUCCUCCGGGAAGCCUUCCCGGAUUGACCUCCUGCGUCUCUGCUGUGUUCACUUCUCUUUCCCCUCCCCCGGGUUCCGCCAUGUCAGGCCCCUCCUGCUUCUGCGUCCUUAUCCCUCCCAACAUAUCCCUCCCACCCGCUCCUCACUGGGUGCUCAAGCCACACUGGUCUCUGUUUCUGUUUCUUGGCUAUACCAAGCUUGUUCCUGCCUGUGGGUCUGCACCUGUCGUCCCCACCCGCCCCCCGGCCUGGCUCCUGUCACAUGACCCCCCUCCUGCUUGACACCCUAGCCAAAGUAGCUGUCCAGUCUCUGUCACACAAAGCCCCUUUAUUUCAUUCCCAGCGUUACCAAAACUGGGUUCGUCUGUUGGUGGACGUCGAGCGGAAAGACACAACCAAGGCAAAGAGCAGGAGAAGGAAGAACUGAUCACUUGCAAUUUGGAACCAACAGUAACUGCUUCCAACCUGCCUCCAUCUACGUCCACCCCUGGCAGCCUGAGGGAUUCUCCUAAAACCCACGUAGCUCUCCACUGCCCUCAGGCCAGCUCAGUAGAAAGACUUGGUGAUCUUUUGUGCCCUGGGCUCUCCAGCCUCAAUUCUUGUCCCUUCCUGAACAUCACAAGCGGUUUAACUGGAACUAGGAAAGUGCUUGCAGAUGCCCACCGUGCCCUGCUCUCCACAUCUCUGCGCACGAGGCUCUUGCUACCUGGAACACCCCCUGCGUCUCGGCUCCCUCGGGAGGGUAACCCCCACUAGAACGUCACAGCUGGCCUCCUACCAUCCCCCGCCUUUCGGCGCUUGAAGGAUGCAGCCUGAGCUUUUGGAGGAGUUGACAUCACACAGUAAGAAGACAUCAGAAAACAAGGCUCUGAGCCUCAGUUGCCUUGUCUGUAAACCGGCCACAGAGUGACCGCGGUCACGCAGCUGGCAGGUGGGGCAGGUCCUCACCGCCCCCAGCCGGCCCCAACACCAGCUCCUGAACCUCGACCGGCCCCGCAGCACAGAGCGCAGGCUGGGCGGGGUCUCGGGCGGCGUGGGCGGGGCCGCACCCUCGGGCCCGCCCCCGAGCGCCGGCGUGACGAAAAUGGGCGCCGACGUCAUGACGUAGUGCUCCCUCAGACGCUUCCCGGGCACGGGCGGUCACGUGGGCCGCUUUUCGCGCGAAAACUGGCUGUUGCUGGCGGAGCGGAGACUAGCACCGAGUAGCGAUGGCGGAAUCAUCCGAGUCCUUCACGGUGGCGUCCAGCCCGGCCCCGAGGCGGAGAAGUAACGAUCCUCUCACCUCCAGCCCUGGGCGGAGCUCCCGGCGCACGGAUGCCCUGACCUCCAGCCCCGGCCGCGACCUUCCUCCCUUUGAGGAUGAGUCGGAGGGGCUGCUCGGCACAGAGGGGCCCCUGGAGGAGGAGGAGGAGGAUGGAGAGGAGCUCUUCGGAGAUGGCAUGGAGAGGGACUACCGCCCCAUCCCGGAGAUAGAUGUCUACGAGCCCGAGGGGCUGGCCCCGGACGACGAGGAUGUGGAGGAGCUGACCGCCAGCCAGAGGGCGGCGGCCGAGCGGGUCAUGCGGCAGCGAGAGCGGGAGGCCGGCCGGGGCCUGGGCCGCAUGCGCCGCGGGCUCCUGUACGACAGCGACGAGGAGGAGGAGGAUCGCCCCAGCCGGAAGCGGCGGCAGGUGGAGCGGGCCACGGAGGACGGUGAGGAGGACGAGGAGAUGAUUGAGAGCAUCGAGAACCUGGAGGACCUGAAGGGCCACUCGGUGCGCGAGUGGGUGAGCAUGGCCGGCCCGCGGCUGGAGAUCCACCACCGCUUUAAGAACUUCCUGCGCACCCACGUGGAUGGCCGCGGCCACAACGUCUUCAAGGAGCGCAUCAGCGACAUGUGCAAAGAGAACCGCGAGAGCCUGGUGGUGAACUACGAGGACCUGGCCGCCAGGGAGCACGUCCUGGCCUACUUCCUGCCCGAGGCGCCGGCGGAGCUGCUGCAGAUCUUCGGCGAGGCUGCCCUGGAGGUGGUGCUGGCCAUGUACCCCAAGUACGACCGUAUUGCCAGCCGCGUCCACGUGCGCAUCUCCCACCUGCCCCUGGUGGAGGAGCUGCGCUCGCUCAGGCAGCUGCACCUGAACCAGCUGAUACGCACCAGCGGCGUGGUGACCAGCUGCACGGGCGUCCUGCCGCAGCUCAGCAUGGUCAAGUACAACUGCAACAAGUGUGGCUUUGUGCUGGGGCCUUUCUGCCAGUCCCAGAACCAGGAGGUGAAGCCGGGCUCCUGCCCUGAGUGCCAGUCAGCCGGCCCCUUCGAGGUCAACAUGGAGGAGACUAUCUACCAGAACUACCAGCGCAUCCGAAUUCAGGAGAGUCCUGGCAAAGUGGCGGCCGGCCGGUUGCCGCGCUCCAAGGACGCCAUCCUCCUCGCGGACCUGGUGGACAGCUGCAAGCCGGGAGACGAGAUAGAGCUGACCGGCAUCUACCACAACAACUACGAUGGGGCCCUCAACACCGCCAACGGCUUUCCCGUCUUCGCCACUGUCAUCCUGGCCAACCACGUGGCCAAGAAGGACAACAAGGUGGCCGUGGGCGAGCUGACUGACGAGGACGUGAAGAUGAUCACCAGCCUCUCCAAGGACCAGCAGAUUGGGGAGAAGAUCUUCGCCAGCAUUGCUCCUUCCAUCUACGGGCACGAAGACAUCAAGCGAGGCCUGGCGCUGGCUCUGUUUGGAGGGGAGCCCAAAAACCCCGGCGGCAAGCACAAGGUGCGAGGUGACAUCAACGUGCUCCUGUGUGGAGAUCCCGGCACGGCCAAGUCUCAGUUCCUCAAGUACAUCGAGAAGGUGUCCAGCAGAGCCAUCUUCACCACCGGCCAGGGGGCCUCGGCCGUGGGCCUCACGGCGUACGUCCAGCGGCACCCCGUCAGCAGGGAGUGGACCUUGGAGGCUGGGGCCCUGGUCCUGGCGGACCGAGGAGUGUGUCUCAUUGAUGAAUUCGACAAGAUGAACGACCAGGACAGGACCAGCAUCCAUGAGGCCAUGGAGCAGCAGAGCAUCUCCAUCUCCAAGGCCGGCAUCGUCACCUCCCUGCAGGCCCGCUGCACCGUCAUUGCUGCCGCCAACCCCCUAGGUGGCCGCUAUGACCCCUCGCUCACCUUUUCGGAAAACGUGGACCUCACGGAGCCCAUCAUUUCCCGCUUCGACGUGCUGUGUGUGGUGAGGGACACAGUGGACCCAGUCCAGGAUGAGAUGCUGGCCCGUUUUGUGGUCGGCAGCCACAUCAGACACCACCCCAGCAACAAGGAGGAUGGGGGCUCGGGGGGCGCCCCGGAGCCCCCCAUGCCCAACACGUAUGGCGUGGAGCCCCUGCCGCAGGAGGUCCUGAAGAAGUACAUCAUCUACGCCAAGGAGAAGGUCCACCCGAAGCUCAACCAGAUGGACCAGGACAAGGUGGCCAAGAUGUACAGUGACCUGAGGAAGGAAUCCAUGGCCACGGGCAGCAUCCCCAUCACGGUGCGUCACAUCGAGUCCAUGAUCCGCAUGGCUGAGGCCCACGCGCGCAUCCACCUGCGCGACUACGUGAUGGAGGAUGACGUCAACAUGGCCAUCCGCGUGAUGCUCGAGAGCUUCGUGGACACGCAGAAGUUCAGCGUCAUGCGCAGCAUGCGGAAGACUUUUGCCCGCUACCUGUCGUUCCGCCGUGACAACAACGAGCUGCUGCUCUUCAUCCUGAAGCAGCUGGUGGCCGAGCAGGUGACGUAUCAGCGCAACCGCUUCGGGGCCCAGCAGGACACGAUCGAGGUGCCCGAGAAGGACUUGGUGGACAAGGCUCGUCAGAUCAACAUCCACAACCUGUCUGCCUUUUAUGACAGUGAGCUCUUCAGGAUGAACAAGUUCACCCACGACCUGAAGCGCAAGGUGAUCCUUCAGCAGUUCUGAGCCCCCGCAGCAGCUCUGUGGUCCUGGUGGAAGGUCAGACCUGGUCCUGACUUCCCUCUGCUGCAGGGACCCAAAACCAAACCGCGCGGGGCUCCGAGUUGUGGGGCCGGGCUCGCAGCGGUGCCAUGUGGCUCCACCCCGUGUCCGGGGUGUUUAUUUCCUUGACUCGCUUCCUCUGCUCUCAUCUCGGGGCACUUGACCUCCCAGAGCCGCGUUUUCAGCCCUCUGACAGCCGCCCACCGCUUGGCAGGAGGUUCGCCUGACCUCCUUCUGGGGAUGGAAGUCGAUUGUGUUUGGGACCCCUGGGGGCUGCUCUAGGGGACUGAGCACGUAAGGGUGUUACCAGAACUGUUGGCCUCUUGGCGUGAGUUCCAUGUCCUGCUGCUUUUGCUGCCUGUGGUUGAAGAGCAAGUUGUCAGUAUUGGCAGUGUUUUUCUGAAUUGUGUCCUGCAGCCUUCUCUAGGCUCCCGUGAGUAGAGGCAGCGUGUGGGUCCUGCGCAGGUGGGACCCUAACCUGUCGGCACAGCCAUGCGUCCUCUGACGGCCCUGCGGCCUUGGCCUCCGCCAGUGGGAGAAGUGGGUUCGGGGUCAGAUGGUGAGGGUCGUUGGAGCCGGGCCACCCCCUCACCAUUGCUGUGUGAUCUGUUCUCCUACCUGGCCCUUUCCUCAUUCUCUCAUUUGUACUCUGAGUUCUUGUUUCUGUCGUUUUAGUUUUUAAUAAAAUGGA